GAGGACACCCGCUUCCGGGACCGAGGCGUUCGGGCUGCGGAAGCUGCCGGGUGUAGCAGCUAUCUGUGCUGAUUCUGCCAGUCGCUCUGCAGGUGUACCGGCGUGUCUGUACCAGCAAGCGGGACGAUCCAAGGAGCCCCACGUGGGCCGCACGAUGGUCCACCUCACUACCCUCCUCUGCAAGGCCUAUCAUGGGGGCCAUUUAACCAUCCGCCUUGCUCUGGGUGGCUGCACCAAUCGGCCCUUUUACCGCAUUGUGGCUGCUCACAACAAAUGUCCCAGGGAUGGCCGUUUCGUGGAGCAGGUGGGCUCCUAUGAUCCACUGCCCAACUGUCAUGGAGAAAAACUUGUUGCCCUCAACCUGGACAGGAUCCGACAUUGGAUUGGCUGUGGGGCCCACCUCUCUAAGCCUAUGGAGAAGCUUCUGGGUCUUUCUGGCUUUUUCCCUCUGCAUCCCAUGAUGAUCACAAAUGCUGAGAGACUGCGAAGAAAACGGGCACGUGAACUUCUCUUAGCUUCUCAGAAAACAGAUACAGAGGCUACAGAAACAGAAGCGAGUUGACUUCAGUGAACAUAACAGUGGUUACAAAGUCAGGGUCCCCUAAAACACUUGUGUGGAGCUCAUAAAUUUGUUGGGUUUCAGAUCAAUAAAUGGAUUUUUCUAAGUUACCAUGCUA